UGUAGCAUGUAAUCGGUGAAGCUGCCAAGGAAAACCGUUUUACCACAGUACAAUGGAUUUGUAAUAGUUUACCUCAGUUUAGUUUUAGACGUGUUUACAACUGCAUGUGCGUUAUUGAGUACACAUAAAAACAUGGAUACUGUGGUUGAGAACAUUAUGAAAUUGCCAUCAGAAGUUUUUGAACAAACAUGUCUCGAUGUCAUGCUUCACCUUGAAGGAAAGAGCAGUGCAGUGAAUUUGGUUGAGAACUGUCACAGAUUUCAAAGUGCUGGAAUAAACCUUGACUGGAAAGAUGUUCAGGAAAUACUUAGACUUUUGUCAUUUCAUCUUAGAUCAGCAGCAAAGAACAACCUCACUGCUGAUCAUUUGGUUACUAAGUUAGGAGAGAGUAGCCAAAAAUGGUCCAAAUCAGCUUUACAAGUUGUACACCAGCUGUGGACUGAACACAGUGCACAAGUACAAGCGUACCAGGAGGUUCAGACCAUGGCCAGCAUUGGACAGCUGGUGGAUAUACAGUGGAAGUUGGGGAUGGCUGUGAGCUCUGACACAUGUCGCUCCCUCAACUCCCCAUAUGUCUCCGUCCUGAUGAAAAUUGCAGACACAUCUGGAGAGAUUUCUUACAAGUCUUUUGAGAUGACGGUUCCUCAGUUUCAGAACUUAUUUAGACAGUUCAAGGAAAUUGCUUCUGUUUUAGAGACGGUGUAAGACGGUGCUUCAAAUGGCAACAAUUUUCAUCCUUUCAGUAUUGAGCAGUUAUAUACUUUCAAGCUUUUUAAUAAUUAUCUUAACACUUCAUCUAAAAAUGUACUUCAGUUUGCAUCAUUGUAAGGAGCAGUGUACUGUAUGAACAACAGUUUUUUUUUUUGUGUGAAAACCAAAUGUUUGAAGAAUGAAUGUAUGUAAAAGUGAAACUUUAAGCAAAAAUGUUUCUGCUAAAGCAUACAUUCAGUUAACAUUAAGAGCACAAUCUCCUGCAGUGUGGUAAACCACUAGGCCACAUGGUGGCUCUGAUGGGAUUACACAUGUUGCAUAUUUUAUCUAUUUCUGGGAGUAAGGAAGGUUCUGUGGCGUCUUGUUACAAGCAGUGCAGGAAACUAACUAGCUUAGCAUGCUAGUAUGCUUUCUAUGUUUUAAUCACUAAGGAACAUCUACUAUUUCAUGAAUGUGCAAUAAUAUAUUAAAUGUGUAUGGUGUAUAAAUUUGGCUCUAGGGCCUACAAAACAUCAUUGGAAUGAUUUGUUUACUUCUUGACCCCCACUUCAUGCACAUGCACUUAUACAGUGUAGGUCAAAAGUUUACAUAAACUUGCAAGUACAUGCAUGUCAUUGCAGUCUUACAGUUUUUUAUUCAAUGUCUUUUGUCUAAAGAAAUGCUUCAAAUGUCACUGUUUGCAUAGGUUUAUUGUUGUUUUUCUGAAAAUCUGCCUUGUCAAAACUAUACAGUGUUCAGCCCUGUCCUUUACACACACAGAUUAUUAAAAAACUGAGUGUACUCAGAGUAAUGUUAACAUUAACUUAAACUGGUGGACUAUUUGCUCAUACAGUGUUUUGCAAAGUGGUAAACCUCAACUGAUCUUUGCUUGUAAAUGACUGAGCCAUUAUUUAAUGCUCUUUUUAUUCAUAUUUUUGCAUCAAUGGUUGCCCUUUUACCUGUGAAAACAAUACAAUAGUUCCUAUUCUCACAGUCCCACUAUCCCAACCUGUUUUAGAAUGUGUUGGGUUUGUAUGAAAAAAUAACUGUCAGACUCUCAGGGUUUUCUUGGCUGUAAUCCUACUAAUGUAUGCUAUUUUUAUUCUGCAAUAACUUAAUAAAGUACUUAAGGUUAACACUCAGAACAUAAAUAUUAACAUUUCCUGCCAUGGCCUGUUUAUCUGACUCCAUCAGCUGCUAAUGACCACGUAGUUUACACUUUCUCAGCAAGUUUUAAAUGAGUGGAUACCAGUUAUCAUCUGUCAGUACAACUAUUCAACCCAGCUUGGUGACUUUCACUUCUAUAGUUUUACACUGAUUGCCUAACAAAACAAGUCACUGCUCUUUUCUUAUUUUUUCUAAUUAUUAAAUGCUUAUGUACAAUAAAAUCUGUGUUUUAUUGUAACUGAUAAAGUGUGUAGA